AUGCCAGACGUAUGCAAGAAGCGAGGAGGCGCUGCAAAUUCGAGUCGCAACAGAGCUCUGCUGGUGUUUCUAAAGCAGCGCUAUUGCUGUGCCGCUUCAAGCAGUGAGGCGACGCUACUGCUGCAUCACUUGCAGCAGUCAAAUAAGGGCGUUCGAAUGUCGGUAGAGAGGUUGAGAAGAGAGAAAGAAGCUAGGUCCUCGAGGCGGCGCUGUUGCCGUCGCUUGUCGUCGUUGAUUGGGAUGGGUUUCAGUUCGAUGAGAGUAGCCUUCAACAUCACCAAGCUCCUCGAAAGAUUCUUGAAAUUCGGCAAUUUUAACAAUCUUUUGACCAAAAAUGUUUCCUCCACUGGUAUCAACAGAUGGAAAACAAUCACCAUCCUUUCGGUGUGUAAUGACGAACUCAGAGAUCUUAUGAGAAAGCAGAGAGAAGGUCCGAAGGGUAUUUUGAGCAACCAUGUGGUGUUGGAUUAUUAUGAUACCUUGAAACUUCAGAAAUUGAAAAACAAAUCUGUUCUUGAGGGUCGAAUCGAGGAAAAAAGGCAAUCUUACCUUUCCCAAAAUGCCAGAUUCCCAAGUUUCAUUUGUUUUUGGGAAAAUGGAAAAUCUAGUUCGAUGAUGAGCGAAGUGGAUGAUUUUCUGACAGUAUUCAAGCUUGGGUUUGAUUGGGUUGAUCCCAGUGGCAAUACUUGA